AUGGGCGAGUACAGAGUUAGCACCGGAAGAGGUGGAGCAGGAAACGUGAUCACAUCGCAUGAGAAACCAGCACCAAAAGUGGUGGCCCAGGGGUCGCCAGUGCCUAAUAUCAUCUCGCCAGUGUAUUCUACGGGCCGUGGGGGCGCGGGAAAUAUGAGACGCAACGUCGAUCCGGUAAUAACACGCACAGCGCAGGAUGUGGACGAUGGAGACGAAGAUAUCAUCGAUGUGAUUUCGUCGAACAAGUCGGGCGGGAUCCAGAAAGUGAAGUCAAGACGCCAUUCUGACGUGCCCAAGAAUGUUUCCAUCGGUCGUGGCGGGGCUGGGAAUAUGUUGAGUCCCAAGACGUCGUCGAAAAAGGUCAAGAAGCAAGGACAGCCGCAGGCACAGGGUCAGGGACAGCCGCAGCCGCAAGCACACGGUUCUGAUGAUCUCCACCGCAGCAAGAGCGGUCUAUUCACGAAAUUGAAGUCGAUCUUCAAGUAA